UGAGGAGUAGCAGGGUUGUAGUGUGCAGUGGGGUGCUCUGCUCCUCUCUUUGUCCUGCUGUCUGCUCUGCGUUCACACUCAGGUGAAUCCAGACCAGUAUCAGGAGCAGGUCGUAGAUACUGCAGCCGAUGUAUCCAGCCACCAUCGCCUGGAUAAAAACAUGGUGCAAGACAAAGACCACAUCAUGGAGCAUUUAGACGGAGUGAUAGACAAACCAGAGAAAGACAUGUCACCCCAGGAGCUUCAGCUGCAUUAUUUCAAAAUGCACGAUUACGAUGGAAACAACCUGCUGGACGGGCUGGAGCUCGCCACAGCGAUUUCACAUGUACACAGAGAGGAGAGAGGCGAGAACAGCCCGCCAAUGAAAGAGGAGGAACUUAUCGCUCUCAUUGACGAUGUUCUCAGGGACGAUGACAAAAACAAUGACGGCUACAUAGAUUACGCAGAGUUUGCCAAAUCGCUGGAGUAGAGCGCCUUCCUGUCGCUUCCCGUCCACAACGGCAGCAAGGAUUCUGCAGAGAGGGGGAGAGUGUGCGUGCAUGGAGCCAAAUUGAGAAGUUGCACCACUUUUUAGAGGACUGUCUUUGAUUUCUUUCUUACAGGUUAUCAAUCAGGGGUGUUGAUCAUUUAUAAAAGUUGCGACGGUUUAAUUUUCCAAGCUGGUAGGAGCAGAGGCAGCAGUAAUUUAAUAAAUGACAAAAAGGGUGGAAGGCAGGAAACGCCUCGUUUCAGUCUGACUCUGGUGUGUGCUUACAGUUCAGUGGGACUUUUUUUUUGUAGAUGCCAUUUUAAAGGGUCAGUUCACCCAAAUUACUACAUUUGUCCCCUAUUUAACCCUUAGCAGUAUUUCAUAGUAUAGCAAUACUUUCAGUUCUGAAUAUUAGAAAUUUCAAUGCGAGAACAGAGAGUGAGAGACACUGGUGCGUUUAAUUUCCCACUUCCAGCUGACCUCCUUCACAGCCCCCAAUGAUUUAACCUGCAGCACCGAGUGGACAUGAGUGGAUGGAUGUCAGCUGACAGGCAAAAACAGUAUUAAGUCAUAACAUUCGCCUGGUUCUUUAUUCCCUUCUUUUAAACUUCUUUAUAGUUUUGCUUUUUCUUAAGCUGUUUUUAGUGCCGUAAGCCAGUAAAAUACAUUAGCAAACCCAACGGUUCAGCUGUUUUGUUUGAAAAAGCACAGGCAGGUGGUGAACUGAGGCCUGGCGGGGGUACGUGGGUGGGGUUAAUACACUUGAAGAGACUUGCAGAAAAAUGCAGCAGCCAGUACCCAAAUGAAGUCUGGGGUUUACCCAAAGGCACUGCACACUGAGCACUGACUGUACGCUGACACUCACCAGCGCUGUGCUGGCAGCAGGUCUAAACGAACCUAUGAAGUAUUUUGGGUGAACUGAUCCUUUAUCUGUACAAAAGCUUUGGUAGUGUUUUCUUUUAGUGGUGCUGCACUUCAUUCACUCUGGUAGCACAAUAGCACGUAAAGAGUGUUCUCACUUUAAAGGGGACCUAUUCUACUCAUUUCCAGUUCUCUAUUUUUAUUCCGGGACUCGAGAGAGUUGCUUUGCAUUAUUCAGAGAUCAGAAUAUUCUUUAUUGAUCUUUUGAUUGACUGGCCCAGCAGGGGUGUGCGGUUGCUGUGCUCACAGCACGGACCAUGUUAUGGAAAUCUGAGCUUUACUUUAAUAUACACUGACCUCAUUCUUUGACACUUUGGCCGUGUUUGAUAUGAACUGUAAAAGUGCAUUUAUAUGACAGAAAAGCAGAGUAGGUCCCCUUUAAAUGAAAUAGUUCCAUUUCAGAUGGACGCACUCGUUUACAAGCGCACACAUGCUGUUUGAUACUUAACAUAGUGGACCAAAUGAUUCCUCCUGUGAAUCUGUUUGAUUUGCUGUUUCUGGUGACAAUGAUGAGACCGACGGGUUGUUCCCAUGAUAACAGAAAGUGACCUUGACUUGAUCAGAUUCACAGCACAGUCUGUAUGUUUGUGUAGAGUGAGUCGGUAUAAUGUGAAACCCGAGGCUGCAGGUAGGAUAAGCAGCACUGUCAGUCUGUCAGCGUUACACCUUCUCACUGUCGUCUUUGUGAUUAUUAAAGCUACAAAAUGAGCCAACGUGAUAAUCAUUAAGUCAGCAGGAACUUGACACACAGUGCAUUGCAGUCAUUUAUCACUGGAUAAGCUAGACUGAAUGCACAGCGGCCGCCGCUGCCGUUUCUACUCUGUUUCGUGGGUUUUCAGUAAAGCACUUGAACGCAACACGUUUGCUUCAGACGUUAUAGCUGCCUUUAAAACAGACAUGAGUAAAACAUGUCAGGUUAGGUUCAAUUCAUCUGUGAUUUCUUCUGAAGUAGAGUCUUUUUUUUCAUACAUGGAUGAUUUCUAUAUUUUUUUGCCAUCUAGUAUUAACUCAUCAGUCAGUUCAGGUUGUUGAGUGCAAAUCUUCAAAAAGCAGAACAGAUGCAACUGCGUUGUCUCUGGAAUGUGAAAUAUUAAAAAAACUAUUCUGCA